CACCUUUUCCUUCUUUUUCAUCACACUGUUGAAAAACAGGGAGGGAACAAGAGCAUAUUCCCUCCCACCUAAGCUCAACGAGACGGCGUGAACAGAUCAUUCUACGCCUUAGCUAGCUUUCACGCGAUUAUUCCUUCUCUCUCUCUCAAUACGUAUCCAUUAUGUUGGACCAGAUCAUUACACUCGAGUAUUCGAUCACAGAGGAUCAUUGUCGAAGAAAUUAGAGAGAGCUAAAGAAUCAGUUUCUCAUCUCAUAAACACCUGAAAAUUAUAGAACCUGAAUUCUAAGGGCACACAAAGGUUGUCUGUCUUUAGAAAUUAGACCUGAUGAUUGAAUGGAUAAAAAACAGCAUAUCGCAAUUUUUACCACUGCAAGCCUUCCAUGGUUGACUGGAACUGCUGUCAACCCUUUGUUUCGUGCUGCGUAUCUAGCAAAGGAUGGAGGUAGAAAGGUCACUUUGGUGAUCCCUUGGUUGUCCUUGAAACAUCAAAAGCUAGUAUAUCCCAGCAACAUCACAUUUAGUUCACCUUCGGAUCAGGAAGCAUAUAUCCACCAGUGGCUCGAGGAUAGAAUUCCAUUUUCCUCUAAUUUCAGUAUAUGCUUUUAUCCUGGAAAGUUUGCUGUAGAUAAAGGAAGCAUUCUUGGUGUAGGAGAUAUCUCUGAAGUCAUCCCUGAUGAAGAGGCAGACAUUGCCAUCCUUGAAGAGCCUGAGCAUCUAACAUGGUUUCAUCAUGGGAAGAGAUGGAAAACUAAAUUUCGCCUUGUGAUAGGAAUUGUACACACCAAUUAUUUGGAAUAUGUGAAGAGAGAGAAAAAUGGACGAUUAAAAGCACUUAUGCUUAAAUAUGUUAAUGAAUGGGUUGUUGACAUAUAUUGCCACAAGGUAAUUAGAUUGUCUGCUGCCACCCAGGAUUAUCCGAAAUCCAUUAUCUGCAAUGUUCAUGGAGUGAAUCCCAAGUUCAUUGAAAUUGGCAAGAAAAAGUUGGAGCUACAGCAAAGGGAGAAGCAAGCCUUCACUAAAGGCAAUUACUACAUUGGAAAAAUGGUGUGGAGCAAAGGUUACAAGGAGCUGCUUAAACUUCUUCACACUCACCAAAAGGAGUUGGCUGGGCUUGAGGUAGAUUUAUAUGGCAAUGGAGAAGACUCUGAUCAAGUUAAGGAAGCUGCUAAAAAAUUGGAACUAGUAGUGAGAGUGAACCCUGGGCGCGAUCAUGCUGAUCCUGUAUUCCAUGAUUAUAAAGUGUUCCUGAAUCCGAGCACCACGGAUGUGGUUUGCACGACGACAGCUGAAGCACUGGCGAUGGGAAAAAUUGUUGUAUGUGCCAAUCACCCCUCAAAUGACUUCUUCAAGCAGUUUCCAAAUUGCCGAACUUAUGAUAACAGCAAUGAAUUUGUCAAAGUCACAUGCAAGGCUUUGACUGAACAACCUGCUGAGCUGACUGAUGCACAGAGGCAUGCACUGUCAUGGGAGGCUGCCACAGAACGAUUUCUGAGAGUUGCUGAUUUGGACCAAGCAUCUGCAAGGAAAUUGGAAAAAAGUACCACGAAUAACUUUGCUUCCACAUCUUUCAAUCUAAGGAAAAACAUUGAGGAUGCGUCUGCAUAUCUACAUUAUGUGGCUUCUGGAUUUGAAGCAUCAAGAAGAGCUUUUGGUGCAUUUCCAGGGAGCCUGCAGCCAGAUGAAGAGCAACGUCAGGAGCUUGGGCUGGCUAUUCCUGCAGGAAAAUGAGGCUCAAAAAGAAAGGGAUCUAGCAACGAGGAUGAUCAUAUGAAGGCAUUAACAAAGGGCAAAGGGACACAUGUAAAUAUGGCUCUUGUUUCUAUUUUCAUGGGAAAUUGUACAUGAAGCGUGUUCCCAGUAGUGAAGGCUGGGCUUGGGGGGAGUUGAAAUAUGUAUGUUCGUUCCCAAACUCUUUGGUGUUGAUCUUAAUUAUAUUUCUAUAAUAUUUCUUUGCCUUAA